AAUUCCAAUAGCUGGUUGCAAAUUGCUAAUUGGGGCUUGCCAAAUAACUUGAUAUGCGCUGGAAAUACCUCAGCUGCAGCUGUCCCUAAUGAGGCUCGCUCCCAGGGCCAACACACGCACACACACACAUGUUGACAGUGCUCCGACAACGGACAUGGCCAGCCAGGACCUUGGGUUUGAUGGCGCUCGACGGCAAAGCGAUAAUUAAGGAGGAGAUUACCGACAAGGACGCCUACGAUGCGGCCGCAGCAGCGGCGGCGGCAGCAGCUGCGGCAGCGGUCUCAGUGGCAACAUCAACAGCUGCCUCAUCCGCGUCAUCCUCAGCGUCCUCAUCAGCAGCUGCAGCAGCGGCAGUCAACACAGCAGCGACUGCGGCUGCAAUUAGUCGACGGUUUAAAGCCAACAGCAGCAACAGCAGCAGCAACAGCAGCAGCAGCAACAGCAACGGCGACAAGAGCUCUACCACC